AUGAUGAAGGGUAAUCCAGUUAAACAAAAAGCUAAUAUAAAAAAAAUGGAUAAGACAAGGAAUACGAUAUCAGAGUAUAAUUCAAAAAUGAGCAAAACAAAAGAAUUAAAAAUAAAAAAGGUAACAAAAGGAGAAGGUACCAAAGUAUCAAAAGAAACUAAUAAAUCAACAAAUACUAUUGAGAUUAUUAAUAAAAAUAAAGAUAAAUAUCCAAUAAAAAACAUUUCUAAAGAUCAAUUAGAAAGAGCCACAGAAUUUGUUGAAAAAUGUGGAAAUUGUAUUAAAGAAAAAACAUCACCAGAAUAUUACAAAUCAUUAUUAUUAUCUUAUCUUGAUUUAAUAAUUAAAUGUUAUGAAGAUGAUACUUUUCCUUUGGAUGCUACAAAAAUAAUAACAUUACCUAUCUUUAGUGAUAUCUGUCACAAGGCUGCCGAAGUUUUGGCAUCUGAACCAACAUUAUUAAUAUUAAAUAAUGAAACACCAAGUGAAACUUUUCUUGUACUUUCUGAUAUUCAUGGUUGUUUUGAUGUAAUUAUUCAUAAUUUUUAUUAUUAUCAUUGCUUACCAAAAAAAAGAAUUAUUAUACUUGGAGAUUAUGUUGAUAAAGGAGCAGAUGAUGCUUUUAUUUGUCUUUUUUUAUUUUUAUGUAAAAUUGUUUGGUCAGAUAAGAUAUAUUUAUUAAAGGGUAAUCAUGAAAUAAGAGAUAUGAAUCGUCAAAAAGAUUUUCCAGAUAAUUGUGAAUUUCUUCUUGGUGAUAAGUCAACAUUUUAUUUGUUUAAUUUUGUUUUUGAACGAAUGCCACUUGCUGCAAUAUGGAAUGAAAAAGUUUAUUUAGCUCAUGGUGGAAUUUCACAAUGGAUUACAUGUAGAAAUGAUAUUACAAAUAUUAAAAGACCAUUAAAAUUAAAUAGAUCUUUAAAAUCAAGAUUAUUAAUUACUGAUAUUUUAUGGUCAGAUCCUUAUAGAAAAAGUUAUAAAACUAAAGAUGAUUUUAGUAAAUAUUUUGGUGUUUCUAAAAGAGGAUGUGGAUUUGUUUAUAGUAAAGAAGGUCUAGAAGUAAUAAUGAAAUGUUUAAAUGUAUCAAUGGUUAUUCGUGGACAUCAAACAUCACGUGAAGGAUUUGUUGAAGAAUAUAAAAAUAUUUGUUAUACUGUUCAUAGUAAACCAAGAUGUAAAAGUAACUCUUUUGGAUCAUCAUGUUUAUUGACAUUAGAUAACAAUGGAAAUGUAAUAGUUAAACCAUUAAGAUAUAAGCUAACUAUUGAUAAAAAUGGAAUGUUAAAUGCUCUUAAUAAACUUAAAAUAUUAUGGAAAAAAAGUAAAAUAUCUGAAUUUAACUUUCAACCAGUAUGUUUAUAUUGUUGUGAUAAAUCAAAUUAUUUAAAUGAAUUAGGUUGUUCAGAAAGAAUAUUAAUAACUCAUUCUCAGUUAACAAUAUGGUUAGUAAGUAGUAAAAUUCAAACAUUAAUAGAGAUGGAAUUUGGUAAAAAAGUUGAAAAAAAAUGGAAAAAUCCUGAAAAAUUGUUAACUAGAUUACCACUUUACCUUGAUUUUUGUAUAUGGUCUAAGAUUGGACAAAGUGUAAGAGUAAGUAGUAUUAUUGAAAAAAAAGAAAAAGAUUUAAUGUUUUUAUUAUUUAAAAAAAUAGAUAAAAUGAAUGAAAAAAAUAUUCUUGUAGCUGAUCCAAAUUUAACAGUAGAUGUUUUGAAAUUUUUAUGUUUGAAUCAAAUUGAGGGUAAAAAGAGAAAGAACUUUGAAAAUACAUCUGAUGAAGAAUUUAAAAGUAGUAGUUCUGGUGGAAGUUCUUCAGAAAAUGAUGCAUCUGAAGAGGAAGAUGAGUUAUAA